AUCGAGCGCUUUUUGAAUAGGAAGAGAAUAGUCCUGGAGGCCGAAUUUUGAUCCCAUCGAUACCCCAUCUACAUCCUACGCCAAAUCGCAUCGUCGCAUUCACCGCGUCGCCUUCGACAUACCCGUUCCCCGCAUACCGACUAUCGUAUCGUUCAUUUCAAGUGUGGGACCGUCAAAUUCGAUCCGUCGCCUCGCACUCAACCUGCGCAUCGUUGGCCACCUUUCUGUGAAGAGUAAAGAUCUAUUGUCACCAUGAAGUCCAUUACUACGCUCUCGGCGGCCGCCGCCAUUCUUUCAGGAACCGCCGACGCUUUCUGGCGCAUGGAGUGCCACUCGCGCUCUGGUCUCGCGCGUAUUGAUCCCAUUGUUACCCCGGGCAAGAUCUCCAGCCACGCACACGCUAUUCACGGAGGAGGCAACUUCGGUCUGAGCGCGACCUACGACGAUCUCAGGGCUUCGGAAUGCACAUCUUGCCGAGCCACUGACGACAAGUCGGCCUACUGGACACCAGCGUUGAUGUUCCAGCAUGAGAACGGUACUACUCAGGUCGUUCGACAGGUCGGCGGUAUGCUUGCAUACUACCUGCUCUUUUCCAAUGAGGGAGAGACGAUCGAGACAUUCCCCAAGGAUUUCCGCAUGCUCGCUGGUGACAUGAACUUGCGAAACUUUACGGGUCCAGUCCCGGACCCAGAGAAAUCGCUCUGGACUGAGUCCGACAAGAGCCAGCUCCUUCUCGGCCAGAAGGGCAUUGGCAUGAACUGCUUGAACUACCAGAAAGACCCUGAGCCGUCCAUGUACCGCCAUUUUUUGCCUGACAAGCAGUACCUCGACGACAACUGCGUCGACGGUAUCCGUGCUGAGAUCUUCUUCCCGUCGUGCUGGAAUGGCGAGAACGACUCCGCCAACCACAAGUCCCACGUCGCCUACCCAGACCUCGUCAACGGCGGUAAGUGCCCUGAGGGCUUCCCUAAGCGCAUUCCGUCGCUUUUCUUCGAGACCAUCUGGCAGACCUACGACUUCAAGGGCAUGCCCGGUACUUUUAUGUUCGCCAACGGUGAUCCCACCGGCUACGGCUACCACGGUGACUUCCAGAACGGCUGGUCGACCGACAUCCUCGGGAAUGCCAUCCAGCAGUGCACCAACCCGUCUGGUCUCCUUUCCGACUGCCCCGUCUUCGAGCUGCAGACUGAGGAGGAGGGCUCAAAGUGUCAGUUCAAGAUGCCAGAGGAGCUCGACGCCGACAACUGCGAAGGUCCUGCCCCUGGUCUCUGCGGUAAUGUGCCCGUCCAGUUCGGCCCUGAAUACGCCACCGGUCUCCUGAAGCCCGGAGAGACUGGCUCUGCCACCGCGGCCCCUACCACCAUCGCCUCCGAGGACCUCCCCGCCGUGCCCACCCUGUCCUACACCACCGCUAAGAGCGCCGUCACCGACGAGUUCGGCGGCGGCAUCUCCGUUGCCAUGGACGGCCAGGAGUCCAUCGGCGCCGACGCCCCCGAGCCCGCGCCUGCGACACCCACUCCUGAGGCCCCAGCCCCCGCUGCCUCCUCAGCAGCUCAAGCUCCAGCUCCCGAGACUCCUGUAUCUGCGGAGGCUCCCGCGCCCACCUCGCCACCCGCAGAUGCCCCUGCCCCGCCCGCUGGCAGCAUCAUCUCGACGUCCGUCUACACCAGCGCCGGCACCGUCUACGAGAUUGCCAUCCAGCAGGUCGAAAUCACCGUCACUGUCGACGGCCCUGCCCCGGCCGAGAACACGCUCGCCGUCGAGCAGCCCUCGCCCGCCAUCCUGCCCCGCGCUCAAAUGCACCGCAAGCACUCGCACCACAUGCACCGCCGCCACUUCUAAGCGCUGUGGGUUGAAGAAUGGCGUUGGCAUGCAUACUGCACUUUGGUUUGGUUUGGUUUCUAGCAUCAUAUCAUA